AUGGCCGCCGGCAGGCCGAUGUCCCGCUUCUGGGAGUGGGGGAAGAACAUCGUGUGCGUGGGCCGGAACUACGCGGACCACGUCCGGGAGAUGCAGAGCGCCGCGCCCAGCGAGCCGGUGCUCUUCCUGAAACCGUCCACCGCCUACGCCCCCGAAGGCUCGCCGGUGCUCGUGCCCGCCUACUCCCGCAACCUGCACCACGAGCUCGAGCUCGCCGUGGUGAUGGGCAAGCGCUGCCGCGCAGUCCCAGAGGCCGUGGCCAUGGACUACGUGGCCGGCUAUGCCCUGUGCCUGGACAUGACCGCCAGGGACGUGCAGGACGAGUGCAAAAAGAAGGGGCUGCCCUGGACUCUGGCCAAGAGUUUCACGGCCUCUUGCCCGGUCAGUGCCUUCGUGCCCAAAGAGAAGAUCCCUGACCCUCACAACCUGAAGCUCUGGCUCAAGGUCAACGGUGAACUCAGACAGGAGGGUGAGACAUCCUCCAUGAUUUUUUCCAUCCCCUACAUCAUCAGCUACGUUUCUAAGAUCAUGACCUUGGAAGAAGGAGAUAUUAUCUUGACCGGGACGCCAAAAGGAGUGGGACCCGUUAAAGAAAAUGAUGAGAUUCAGGCUGGCAUACACGGCGUCCUCAGUAUGAAGUUUAAGGUGGAGAAACCAGAAUAUUGA